ACUACUCAAAAUCCUGUAUACAGACCACACACACAAUUAAAAUUUUCUUUUCUGAUGAGGAUGAGCUGCGCUGCUCUAAAAGUGAAAAAUAGCACAACUCUAACCAGAACAGAGUACAGUUGAGUAAAUAACAAACAACAAAAUGCCAAGAUCUAAACGUUCAAAGUUGGUGACCUUAGCUCAAACCGAUAAGAAGGGGAAGGAAAACAAGACCCGAAUUUUCGAUGAAGUUAGAAGUGCCUUAGAUCAAUAUAAAUAUGUAUGGGUUUUGCAGUUAGAUGAUGUUAGAACUCCUGUUUUACAAGAUUUAAGAUCGGAUUGGACAGGAUCCAAAUUAAUUUUAGGUAAGAGAAGAGUAUUGGAAAAGGCAUUAGGUGAUACUCCAGAAGAAGAAUAUAAAGAUAAUUUACAUCAAUUAUCUAAAGUAUGUAAUGGAUUACCAGGAUUAUUAUUUACAGAUGAAACUAAAGAAGUUGUUGAAGCUUAUUUCAAUGCUUAUUCUAAACAAGAUUAUUCUCGUGCUAAUUCUAAAUCUCCUAUUGAUUUUACUAUUCCAGCAGGAAUUGUUUAUUCAAGAGGUGGACAAGUUGCUGAAGAAGAAGAUGUUCCAAUGUCACAUACUUUAGAAGAAACUUUAAGAAAUAAGUAUAAGAUUCCAACAAAAAUAAAGAGUGGUAAAAUUACAUUAAAUGAACCAUUUGUUGUUUGUCAUAAGGGAGAUACUUUGAAUGUAACUCAAGCCUUAAUUUUAAAACAAUUUGGAGUUGCAGCUUCUGAAUUUAAAGUUAAACUCGUAGCAUAUUAUGAUGGAGAUAAUUCUACCGUCACUAAAUUUGAAGAUAAUUAGACUUAUAUAAAUGCAUCAUUCAUAGUCCCUUUUUACCUUGUAUAGUAGUUUCAAUAAAGAUUUUUUACAUUAUAAUAUGAAUAUGAA